AUGUAUUCCAUAUACAUCGCCUAUUGCGGGUUCCUGGGCUUGCUUUUCUGGAUCCUUCACCUCGCCUAUCCACGACCAUACGCAAGGAUCCCUUACAACAAGCAUGCAGUCAAGCGUCUUCUGGGAGAUGUCCCCGACUUUGCCAAAUUCAUCGACUCGGGCCAGGACCCAGCAAACUUUGGCAUCGCGCAAUGUCGCAAACUCAACUCACCCCUUGUCCAACUUUUCCUGCGGCCAUUCUCUCGACCAUUCAUCUUUUUAGACGAUGAUCGAGAGGUUGAGGAUAUCCUGGCCACACGCACCAAAGAAUUCGAUCGAGCUCCUUCUACUGUUGGUGCCUUCAAGCCAUUCUUUAAGCACUCUAGUAUUCUGAAACAAACAACGCCGGCAUGGAGAGCCCAGCGCCGGCUAUGGGCGGAUACAAUGAGUACAGACUUUCUCCGCCGGGUGGCAGCUCCAAAGAUGCACAAGUAUGCCCUAGAACUGGUUGAGUUGCUCAAAACCAAGACAAUCAUUGCCGAUGGCCGCCCGUUUUCCGUAGAGGAGGACUUUGAUCUUGCCACCUUUGACAUCAUUUGGGCGUCUGUCCUGGGCUCAGGCUUGAACGGAGUUUUGAAUGAACAUGCCGGCAUUAAAAAUGGCAUCAAUAACGUGGAACAGCCCGAGUCAACCGAUUCUCCUGCCGUGAUGCCUCACGUGCAACGUGGGCAGAUGUUUCUUGCCGCCGAGUUCUUCAACAUGACAAUGGAACGGUCUCUCUCGUCGCCUUUGCCGAUGCUCCAGCAUUGGAUCUGGCGCCAGAUGCCCAGGUACAAGAGGCACUGGGCAGUCAAGGAACAGAUUGUAAAUGAUCUUAUAAAGAACGCACGACACCGGUUCGCACACUUUUUCGAAAAGCAAUUAUCCGGCGAUCAAGAUACAUGCGCCAUGGACCUCGUCCUUCGUCGCGAGUCAUUGGCGAUUCAAAAAUCAACCACACCAAAUAGUCCAACUCCUCCAACAACGGCAGAGGUCCACGACGAACUGUUUAUGUUUCUGAUUGCGGGACACGAGACAACGGCAACCAUAUUAACCUGGUCAACUAAAUUCCUCACCAACAACCCGACAGCGCAGAAAAGGCUUCGAGCAGCACUCCAAGACGCAUUUCCAGAGUCAUCCCCCAUAAACCUCCCAAGUGCGGAGGAACUCAUCUCCGCCAACAUCCCGUACAUGGACGCCACGCUGGAAGAAUGCGUCCGACUAGCAAACAUCACCCCGCGUCUCGUACGAGUCGCCACCGUCGACACACAGGUACUGGGCUAUUAUAUCCCCAAGGGCACGCAAAUCAUGUGUAGCCCGUACGUGGGCGAGGCCCCGUUCAAUGUUCCAGAAUCACUGCGGAGCGAAAAGUGCCAAGCGACCAAGAACAACGUCGAGCACAACUGGGACCCGAGCAUGUCUCGGUUUUGCCCGGAAAGGUGGCUGGACGAGGCGGGCAAUUUUAACCCAAAGGCAUUCAGGAGACUGGCAUUUAGUACAGGUCCCAGAGCGUGUUUCGGUGAGAUGUCCAUGCUCUCCGUUUCUAUUUCGUCAGCCAUGCUAACAGCCGAGGCAACAGGCAAGAAACUGGCCAUGCAAGAACUGAGAAUCAUAAUAGCGCUCUUGGUCUUGAGCUUCAGGUUUGAAGACAUUCCGGACGCCUUGAAUGGGUACCAAGGCAGGACAAAGGCAUUGCACGCUCCGAAGCAAGGUUAUGUGCGGUUGACGCCUCUUUGA